AUGACUCUCCAUCUCGCCCUCGCCCGUCAAGCCAACACUUGCACCGGCAGCAAGCAAUGGUAUGUUUGCUCCAAGGGCAACUUCCGUGGCUGUUGCUCAGUCGAUCCGUGCAAUACGGGUGUAUGCCCGGAUCAAGAAGAGCAGACUACAUCGUCGACGUCGACUACUUCAACCACCUCGAAAACGGCCUCGACUACAACGGCGACCUCGCCAACGACAGCUAUCACCACUGCACCGUCUACAAGCUCGCAGGGAGACAUCCCAGGGAUCAUUCCGACUCGGACUACGACUCAGGCUGUUGCGCCGGCGACAGAUACUGAUGCUGCGGAUGCGAAUCCUGGCCAUGACCACGGCGCAUUGAUUGGGGGUGUUGUGGGAGGUGUACUGUCUUUGAUACUGCUAGCCGGGCUGUUAUUCCUGGUCUAUCGGUCUCGCAAGAAACGUGGUAAACGGUUCGUUUUGCUGCGCUGGCGUGUCCCUCGCGAGAGCCCUGAGAAAGCGUCGACGGUUGCAAGCGGUAGGGGGAUUGCGUCAGGGAACGAGGGACGAUUACUUGAUGUACCAAACAGCAACAUACCAUCCCACGCAGUCGUCAACCAAGCCCUAACGGUCCCCGGCUCAGACCGAACUUCCGCAACCUCGAACACCAUAAGCCAACCGUCUUACGCGAACAUAAACACAAGUAAAGUCUCAGCAACGGCUCAGACAACCCACCAUAGCUCCGUAUCCUCGAUACCACCAGCAUCAUCCACACCAAGCCACCCCUCCCCCGAUGUCAACCUCAACCUCAGCACAAACACAAGCACAAGCCCAGCACCACCCCCAGACAGAGCAGACACCACCCCCGAACUCUUCGACACAGGCUUCUACCGCCAACGCGCCGAGCUAGCAGCCUACUCCCAAAGCGAACUAAUCAACAUCCCUCCCGAGCGCCGGCAGAUGCAGGUGCCCCCCGCGCAGCAUACCAAUUCCGAGAUAGACCAGCCAGCUCAGCCGCAGCUGCCGUCCAUCAUCACGUCGGACGGGGUGAUCCUGGGCGCGAACUUUGAUUAUAGGGUUCCGGGGGAUGACCCGUAUCCCGGUUCUGGGGAGGGGAUCGGUCAUGUGCUUAGUUUUAUGCAGUUUGAGGAGGGAGGGGGGUUAGAGCGGAGGGAGGAGUGGAGGAAGAGUUUUGAGAGUGGGACCGGGGUGUGA